CAUGGUAGGUUAUUAUAAUGUUUUGCCGAAAUCAGGUGUCGAGAACCACGAUAGCAAGGGGGUCAGCAUUGGAUCUGGAAAUACGACGACUGGGGCAUUUCAACACUCUUACGGACUUGGCACAGGACGGUGAGGUGCAGCGUCAGAUAGACCGCGAGGUGCGGAUGCGUGAGGGAGCCAGUAAGCUGCUAGCUGCGUGCUCCCAGAGAGACCAGGCCCUGGAGGCCUCCAAGAGCCUGCUCACCUGCAACACCCGCAUCCUAGCACUGCUCAGCCAGCUGCAGAGGAUGAGGGAGGCCCAGGUCCUGCAGAGAGUAGGCAACAGGUCCUGUAUUGGUGGGUCGCUGGAUGAGAGGCUGCCCUGCAUGGGUAAUGUGGCCAUCUCAGACCUGCGUAUCCCACUCAUGUGGAAAGACUCAGAGUACUUCAAGAGCAAAGGAGAGCUGCAUCGCUGUGCUGUGUUCUGUCUGCUCCAGUGUGGCAGAGAGAUCUAUGACACAGACCUGGUGAUGGCGGACAGGACUUUGACUGACAUCUGCUUCGAGGACACCAUCAUAUUUAAGGAGGCGAGCCCGUGCUUUGAGCUCCGUGUGGAGCUGUACAGUACCUGUGUGGUGGAGGACUUCUCUCCGGGCCCAGGGGCACUAGGACCCAGGAGACAUAACCGCCUCAGCAGCUCCCUGGGCUGCACCUCUGGGAGGAGGAUCAGGGCAGCUCUAGAGUCUGCAGCCUGUGGUACCAUAUCCAACGUAGAGGGAGGUGAUGGAGGAGGAGGGUCUCCACCACCUCUGCUGCCUGCUCUCUGUACAGAGGGGCCAAAGUAUCACCUUCUGGCCCACACCACACUGACAAUAGCACAUGUUCAGGACAGCUUCAGAACACACGACCUGUCCAUAUCAGCCACAGAGGACAGUGCAUUCUGGCUGCCUCUCUAUGGCAGUGUGUGUUGCCGUCUGGCAGCCCAGCCUCUCUGUAUGACCCAGCAGGUUAUCAGCGGCAGGAUCAAGAUUGAGAAGGAGCCUGAGUGUUGGACUGACAUCUACGGUGUCCUCAAAGGGACAAGUCUUACCUGUUACCACAGUCAAGAGUGCAUGGUUGCCCAAGAGGAGCCGUUAUUCACCAUCGCCAUCAACAAGGAGACCCGCAUCCAUGUGUCCGAGAGAGGGCCUCUCCACCAUGCCCAGAGUAUAUCCAUCAGCACACACACCCGAGGUGACGAAGCUGUCACACACACUCUGGUCACACACACACCCCAGGACACACAGCGCUGGAUGGAGGCCUUCUGGCAGCACUUCUAUGACAUGAGUCAGUGGAAACAGUGUUGUAAUGGCCUGAUGAAGAUCGAGGUACCCUCUCCUAGGAAAUCCCAUUUGGUCACAGCGAAGCAGGGGUCGCUUUACCACGAAAUAGUCACUCCAUCUUCCCCAGGAGAGUGUGGUAAUCCAGGAUAACUCUGUCUGCUGAAGUGUGGGCCUGCUCUCCUCUUACUGUAACCACAGUUGAAGGACCCUCCAUGAAUGCCAGGUUGUCCCUGUCAAGGGGACCAACAUCAGGCAACUGCAUCAUCCAGGACAGUAUCCACCUCUUACCAAACUACAGCACCCCCCCAACCCCCAAUUGUACUCCUGCUCUUGGGAGUGACGUGCAGUGACACUCCUCUCCCAUGACACAGUGUCUCUGUACUCUACCUAUCCCUGUCCUAUAAUAGCACGAAACAGCCACAAGAGCUAGCCACUGCUCUCCAGGAACACAUACAGGAAUGCCACAAAUUGAGGGCUGCAAUCACAUACUUUUGCUAAUUGUAGCAUUCCACACUCUUGAGUUAUUCUGGUAAUGCAGCCUUGACCUUUUCUAGUCCAGACUCAAUGUUUUAUAGGYUACUUGGCUCUUCUCUUUACUUGUCCAAAGUCCAAACCCAAUCGGCUCUUAAAUGCAGUUAAUUGAUUUUAAAGGGUAAAAAUAUGUUGGUAUGAUUUUGGUACUUAGUCUUACUUUCAUUCUUUAGCCUUCUCUCUUCCUAUUUAAAUGAGACCGUUUUGUUUCGGACACAAAAAUUCAGGACAAGAUAAUCAAUAUGAUUGCAAUGCGGAGAAUGUAACUCAAACUUGAGGAUGACAAUAAAAACCUAAAAUCCUUUA